CUCUCGUGUUUCUUACCUGAAAUCACGUGGUUCUUCUUGCAGUCCUGUUUUAGUCUCGGAGAUAUAGUUUAAUGAGACUUGUGCGACAAUUACUUUGGGGUUCAAUAUGGCUUCUGUGCGAUGUAUGGAAUAUUACUUGUGAUCUUGUAAUAACAUUGGGAUGAUUUUGGAUGGAAAUUAAUAUAACAAUUGGGUUGAAGUGAUUACAUUUUUGUAAUUAGUCAUCCAUUUGAACAUUGACCUCAAAUAGUUACUAUGGCGAUGAACCCUGAUGACCUGAGCGAUUUGGAGGUUCUGGACGAAAACACAAUAGUUCAGGCUCUGCGUACCCGAUACAACAAGGAAAAGUUCUACACAUACAUCGGCGAUAUCCUAGUGGCGGUCAAUCCAUGCAAACCCCUCAGCCUAUUUGAUGACAAGUACCACGAUGAGUACACGGACCUUGUGUCCCGGACUCAGCGCCAGCCGCAUCUGUUUUGGAGCGCGGACCACGCCUACCGGUCUCUGUGUAACACCGGACGGAACCAGUGUAUUCUUGUUAGUGGUGAAUCCGGCGCGGGAAAAACCGAAAGCACGAAAUAUAUGAUCCGCCACCUAAUGAGAAUCAGCCCAAGCGACGACGCACAGCUUCUAAACAAAAUAGUUCAGAUAAACCCUCUGUUGGAAGCUUUUGGAAAUGCUUCGACCGUGAUGAACGCAAAUUCAAGUCGCUUUGGAAAAUUUAUCGAACUCCACUACACAGAAAAUGGACGCCUUUUAGGAGCGAAGAUAGAUGAUUACAUUCUUGAAAAGUCGCGAGUUGUCCAUCGCUCGUCCAGUGAAAAGAACUUCCACGUGUUUUACGCUUUGUUUGCGGGUAUGUCACGUGAGCGGCUUCUGUACUACUUUCUUGAGGACCCGGAUUGUCAUAGAAUCAUGCGUGAUGAGGAUAUCCAAAAUGGCGUAUUUCGAGAUGCGGAGGAAUGGGAGCAUUACAAAACGAUGUUCUCGUCUUUGACCACCGUUAUGUUACAGACCGGAUUUAGCGAGGAGCAUAUACAGGUGAUCUUUCUCAUUCUGGCCGCGAUAUUACACCUUGCAAACAUUGUGUUUAUGCCAAUAGAGGAAACUGACGGCGUCUCCGUGGCGGAUGAAUACCCUCUGCACGCGGUUGCUAAGUUACUGGGAGUGGAUGACGAAGUGGAACUCACAGAGGCAUUAAUUUCAAAUGUCAGCACAAUCAAAGGGGAGAGAAUCCAGUCGUGGAAAAGUCUACGGGAAGCAAACGAUAGCAGAGAUGCUCUAGCAAAAGAUUUGUACUCACGGUUGUUUGGUUGGAUUGUCGGACAAAUAAACCGUAACAUCUGGCCAGAUCAACGGAGAAAGAGCCAAUUAACAAGAGGUUCGUCGAUUGGAUUACUGGAUUUGUCAGGAUUUGAAAACUUUCAACAGAAUGGUUUCGAUCAAUUUCUUAUCAAUAUUUCCAAUGAAAAACUCCAACAGUAUUUCAUGGAUUACAUAUUCCCCCGCGAAAGGAAAGAGUACGAGGCCGAGGGUAUAGAAUGGAGAGACAUAGUUUAUCACUGCAAUGACGAUGUGUUGGAUCUGGUGUUCAAACGACCCGAUGGUAUCCUGUCGUUAUUGGACGAGGAGUCCCAUUUCCCACAAUCCAACGAUUCCUCCUUAGUCCAGAAACUCAACAAAUACUGCAGAGAGAGCACAAGAUACACGGCCACCAUGGGCAACAGGGUUACUUUUGGCAUCCGUCAUUAUGCUGAACAAGUGACCUAUGAGGCGGAGGGAUUUCUGGAGAGAAACCGGGAUAACCUGAGUCAGGACUUGGUGGGUUGUCUUCUGAACAGCAACAACAAUUUCAUUAAGGAUCUCUUCUCGGCCUCUAUGUCGGAAACCGGAACCAUUUCUGAUUUUGCGAGUAAGUGUAUGUCACGACCUCGGCUACCAGCCGUUUGGCCAUCACAGAUUGACCCAGAACGCCUGCGCAGAUCUCUUUCACGAAAAGUCUCGAACCGCAUCAAAAAGAGCAGGGAACUAUCGGGGGACAGCGGAAAAUACUCCUCUUUAGGUCGGGCCUCUCCCACGGUUACCAAACAUUUCAAGAGGUCCCUUUCUGAUUUGAUGACCAAACUCUCACAGGCGCAGCCAUUAUUCGUCAGGUGCAUCAAACCGAACCAUAGUCACACUCCAGGAAGGUUUGAUACGGAGUUGACCAGACGGCAAUUGUUAUGCAAUGGUUUGAUGGAAAUAGCUGAACUUCGGAGGGAAGGGUAUCCUGUAAGAAUCAGAUACGAAGACAUUGUGAAAAGAUAUGCAGAACUUUGUCCACCAGUUCACGACAACACGGACGAUGUUUCAAUAUCGCUUGGCAUUCUGAAAGAAGCCGAUAUUGAGGGAUUCGGGCUUGGCAGAUCAAAGGUUUUUCUAAAAUAUUGGCAACAAGACCGACUGGAAACAAAAUUGAGAAAUUAUAUUGAGGAAAAAGAAAGGCAACGGCAAAUUGAAGCCGAAGCCAGAAGAAAGCAACUAGAAUUCGAAGAGAAACAAAGACAAAUUCAACGAGAAUUAGAAGAAAAACGCAAAAAUCUAGACGCAGAAGCAAAGCAGAGAAAGUCCGAAGCUGAGUUGAAAAUUCGAAAACUGUCAAACAUUGACCCAGGAAGUAAACUGCAAAAACAAAACUCAAGAAUGUAUGAAGCAGGCUUCAUUCAGAGUUCGUCUCCAAAUGGAAUGCCUGUCAGAGGUUCCCGUGAUAGUGGAUUAGAUUUCGAUGACGUUCUUUACAGAGAAGCGAUGUCUGAAAUGGACAGUGCAGAUGACUAUUUAUCUCGUGAUUUGAACACCGACUACUCAAUUCAUAGUCCCAGCAUGUCGGACACUAUGGACAUCGAUGACAGCAUCAGCAUGCCGAAAAAGGGAGGACCAAAUCAUUUUUCCGAAGAUUCACGAAGUUCCGAUCAAGUGACUGUGACUGAAGACGACGCACCACAGGCGGACCAUUGGCGACCGUACGACAUUUUUCAAGUGUCCGAGAGAGAAUUCGAAGAUGAUGAUCAUUUCUUCAAAGAGAUCUUAAAGGGCAUCCGACUGAUUCUUUAUUUUUUCUUUGUCAUCAUCAUCAUAGCUUGUAUAGUGGCUAGCAAGUUGUCACUCCUACUAUUAACAUCAGGGAUAAAUAAGGAUGAGAAAACAAGAGGACAUCAUCUAUUCUCUCUACUCAUUUGUCUCUGUGGGCCGAUGGUGUUUAACUGGUUUAUGGCUUUCAUGAAAAUCUUAUUCGGGGGCAAAGAAUGGCCAUCUAUGCAAACGUUUUUCGUCCUUUUGGUGAUUGAAGGACUUCAGACGUUUGGAAUGAGUCUACUGCUUUUCCGAGUUUUGCCGUCCACGGACUUUUUCAGAGGAUUGAUUGUAACUUUUGCAGUUUGUCAGAUUCCUAGUCUUCUAAAGGUCAUCGUUCAUGAGAGACGACCGAAUCUCAGCGUGAGCGAAAUUGUCGCCAUUAUCAUGAACAUAGCAGCCUUUUUGGUUCAGGUUUCUGCAAUCCCGUUCUUCUCUGUGGGUAACUUUAUCAUGCAAGGGAAUUACUCCAUCGUGAAUUCUUACAAUGAGACAACGAGUUUUAGAACCUCUGUCACCUUAAACCAGAGCUGUGAAUGGGAGCUACCAUUAUCCCUUAUCUUGCUGUCUAUCGGUUGGUGGGAAAACUACGUAUCUGGAGAAUGGACAGUGUUUGGGCGAAUUACGAUUCCUUUCAAACAUUGGCGAUCAAUUCUACAAGAUGUCAGAGAGACGUCGUACGUUUUGAUCGCACCAUUCAAAAUAGGUGUUGCCAUUUUAAUGUCACGGUUACUUACCAAUAACACAAAUUUUGUUGUCCUCGGUACCGAUGAGUUCAAUGCCACUACUAGCAAGUUUUCGUCAAAAGCAGAAGAAAUUGGAGUUUCUUACAGCUUACUGUUUAUACAAAUGGGAUCUGGGAUAGUGUGCACAUAUCUAGCCGGUCUAGCGUGCAAGUUACACAUGCAGAGAACAGCCUUCUCCUUCCCCUUGAUUAUGGGACCACCCGUCACCUUGGUGCUGAUAUACUUUCAGUGCGAGUUCGACUUUAUACCCAUGUACUGGCACACGGGCGGUUGGUUCUGUCCGACAUCCAUGGAUCUGUACACACUGAUGAUUCCAAUCAUUUGUGCAAUUCUGGUUUGGCUAUCUUACUGCAUUACGGUUUCACACAUCUGGUUUCCACAAAGCGAAAGAAUGGCCAAAAUAGAAAAACUUUUUGUGACACCACAUUUCGAAGGUAUCUUUCCCGAUUUUACCUUGACUCUUCGACGUAGACGUAACGACAAAGAAGUGAAACUAACGGGUUUCGAUACGUUCCGUUACGUUGGUGAAGAUUCGUACUACACUGAUGACGUGUACAGUUCAUCAAACACCACCCCACAGGUCUACGCAUGCGCUACUAUGUGGCACGAAACUCGACAGGAAAUGACUCAGCUGCUGAAAUCACUUUUCAGGUUGGACUAUGUACAUUGUGCAAGCAAACUUGCACAGGAAAAAUUCCGAAUCCAUGACCCAGACUAUUACGAUUUAGAGUUGCAUGUAAUCUUUGAUGAUGCUUUUGAACUAGACGACACGGUGGAUAAGUGGGUUCCUAAUAUGUUUGUCCGCCAACUGAUUGACUGCAUGGAAGACGCUGCAAUGUCUGUAGUGAAAGGUCCAAUCAAUAUCCAGGCGCCAGAGAAAACAGCAACACCUUACGGUGGUCGUCUGACAUGGAUCAUGCCCGGACACACCCGACUUGUGGUUCACAUGAAAGAUAAAAAUAAAAUGAGACACAGGAAACGAUGGUCACAGUGUAUGUACCUUUAUUAUCUGCUUGGAUAUAAACUUUUUGGAUCGAGCGAAGCGGACAAAUUUAUGAAUGAAGACAACGAUAGUACAGUAACGAAGAUUAAAAACAGAAAGAAGAAGUCUAAGAAGAGCCAGCGCUCCCGCCCUCUCCGAUCCCUCUUCAUGAGGAUGACUCCCGAACAGUACGAGCAAGCCGAAAACACUUUCAUGCUGACCUUGGAUGGGGAUGUAGAUUUCAAGCCGGAGUCUGUCCGUCUGCUGAUCGACAGGAUGAAGAAAAACAAAAAAGUUGGAGCAGUUUGUGGAAGAAUUCACCCCAUCGGAUCAGGUCCUAUGGUCUGGUACCAGCAGUUUGAGUAUGCCGUGGGACAUUGGCUCCAGAAGGCUGCGGAACACGUGUUUGGUUGUGUACUUUGCUGUCCUGGGUGUUUCAGUUUGUUCAGAGGAUCUGCUUUAAUGGAUGACAACGUCAUGAAAAUGUACACAACAAAACCCACGGAAGCCCGUCACUACAUUCAAUUUGAACAGGGUGAAGAUCGUUGGUUAUGUACUUUGAUGCUUCAACAAGGACACAGAAUCGAUUAUUGCGCAGGGGCAGAUGCCUUGACAUUUGCACCAGAAACAUUUAAUGAGUUCUUCAAUCAACGUCGUCGCUGGUCACCAUCAACCCUGGCUAACAUGAUGGACCUUCUUUCAUCCUGGCGAGAUACUGUUCGAAUCAACGACAAUAUUAGUCGACCUUAUAUCCUAUACCAGUUCAUUCUGAUGGCUUCCACAAUCUUGGCGCCUUCAACAGUCAUUCUAAUGGUCACCGGCUCCUAUCACUCUGUACUGAAGCUCUCCAUCUGGCAAGGCUAUCUAUUGAGUAUUCUGCCUGUAGUUGUGUAUUUGGCCAUCUGUAUGACAAUGAAGAGCGAUCAUCAAAUCACAGCAGCCGCGGUAAUAACAGCGUUGUAUACGGUCGUCAUGAUGAUAGCAACAAUCGGAACCAUCAUAAGUAUUGUUACUGAAAACUUUGGAAGUCCGAACGUGGUGUUCUUAAGUGGUCUGGUGACGAUAUUUUUAAUUGCUGGAAUUCUCCAUCCACAAGAGUUCUUCUGUCUUGUGUACGGAAUGUUGUACUUCUUGACUGUACCAUCUACCUUUGUUUUACUUACUGUUUAUUACUUGUGUAAUCUCAACAACGUAUCUUGGGGAACUCGAGAGACACCCAAAAAACUAACAAAAGAAGAGGAGGAGGAACUUAAAGUGCAACAAGAAGAGAAAAAGAAGAAAAAGGAAAGCAAGAGCUUACUGAAUCGCCUGGGGUUGACGAAUCUCAUCGGUGACAUGCGAGAACUAGUUCAGAACUUCCUUGGUCAAAAUGCAAAUCGAAAGGUACCAAUUGAAACAAAAACCGAAGAAGUUCAAACGGAAGAAGAAAGCUUUCUUCUUCAGCGCCAAAUGUCACGUGAUUUACGUCGAUCUCAGCAAUCACAGGAAACCCAAAUGACGCCAAAGGAAGAAGUCGAUGUGGUUCCCCAAGGCUGGGAGCCCGAUCCCAACAAUCCUUACUGGACAACAAUGGAGGUUUUUGGCAAUGGUCCCAUCACCCGCUUGGAAACAGAUGAAACUGAUUUCUGGAAGUUUAUGAUUAAAAAGUAUCUUCAUCCUCUUGAUGAAGAUAAAUCUCAUAAAGAGAAAAUUAAGCAGGAUUUGAUUUCGCUGAAGAAUAAUGUUGUCUUUAUUUACUGCAUGAUAAAUUUCCUUUGGACCAUCAUUACUCUACAGUUGCAGGCCAUGGAAGACCAGCUUAAGAACUUUUACAUCAUUAACAAAUAUGAACCUCUCUCCCUAAUGUUCCUCUCUGUCUUUGCUUUGUGUAUUGCGUUGCAAUUUUUCAGUAUGUUUAUCCAUCGCUGGGGCACAUUCCUUCAUCUUAUGUCAACAACAAGAAUUGACUGGUUUAAAACAGUGCACACAGAGGAAGAUUUUGUUCGAUUUGUUGUCAGCGAAGCUCAGCGCUUACAGAGAAUGGAGCCCGAGCCCGACUAUGAUGACUUACCUCCGGAUUACGAUGAUGAUGACAUGACGAAUCAAUCAGAACAGUAUGACGAAUUACCUUCCCUUCCACCCACGCCAGGUUCCACAUACCGAACAUUCCAAAGGAAACCAUCGCGCAGGUAUAGAACCUCACGAGAUCAGUACAGCAGUGACACUCCCAUCCUGCAACAAAUAUUCGAGGAUAGACUCGAAAAUAUUCACCGAAAAUGGAAGCAAGGCACACUUGCUUUCAGGCCGAACCAUCGAUUCAGCCGAACUGAAUCGCAUAGAUUUAGUGUGAAAGAAAACCUUAUGAGACAGAAAAUGUUCAAACGAAGUUUCAGGCGUAUAAACAGUAAAGAUGAUCGUGGUUCUAACGAGAGUGUCUCUCACUCUGUAGCCAUAGACCUGCACUGAUGAAUAAUCGCGUAGUGAUAUCAGGGAAUUGUGUUACCCAGGGAUAUGUCGUUGCAGGCAACGAUUAUAUGUCCUUGUACAAUUGAAGUAGUGCUUCGUCCUCAUAUAAAGCUUGCCUGAUGCACAGUCAUCUGACCACUAAUGGAGGGAAUGGAAGCGAACUGUUCACGAUUACUCCGACAAUCAAACCAAUACAUUCACAAGAAAUCGGGUUCUAUGGUUAUACUGUGUAGUUAACCGUGUCAACGUUAAACUGUCCCUAACUUUUAUGUAUUAACUUAUUUAAAAUGUUUCUGUAUGUUAUUAGUAUACUAUAAAUCAACUUGAAGUCAUGCAUGUAUUAUUCACAAAUAAAUGUAAACAGUA